CUACGUGUGACCGAAUCUGCACCCACCCCACACGACACGACACGACACGAGCAAGGCGUCCAUUCCCCCGCCUCUCUCUCUCUCUCUCUUCUGUGUGUGUGUGUUGACCGUGUCGACCAAGCUAAGCUGACCUGGUGUGUGCGCCCCGUGUCGAUUUUGACAUUUAGCAGCCCGUAGAACCUGUCGCCAUGCCGCUCCUUGUACACCUGGCGUAAGACAGACAGAGAGACAGACACACUGACAGUAACGCACCGGCACAACACAACAACAAGCCCCACCCACCACCCUCCCUCCCAUCGACCAGCCCACCCACCUUCUGAAGGCUGUAGUGGGUGACGGCCUGCAGCCAGGACUCCGUCUCGCCCAGCUGCUGCUGCUGCCCGUCGUCCCACGGGGCUCUGGCGAUUGUGUGGCUGUACAUGCCCCGUCCCUGAAUCGUCUUAUGGUUCUUGGUCACCACCAGCUGCCAGUCGAUCGUCCCGAUGGGUGGCGUGGCGAAGGGCGGGUCGUUGCGGAAGCGAAUCGCUCGGUUCAGCCCGAUGUGGUCGUGGGGGUUGAGCCGCAGCAUCGGCAGGCCUGAGAGGAGGCAGGUAUACAGCUUGGUGAAGCCCCUGCCUCGGUCGCGCUCGGUCUUGAGGGCGGUGAAGGCGGCGUGCGUCUUGGCCGCCACGAUGAGGCCGGACGUCUCAUAGUCUAAACGCUGCAGGAAUCCGCACCGGCACUCGUCGUUGGCCUGAAGGAGGAUGGGGUGAGCGAGGCCGUCUGAAGGCCGAGAGAGAGAAACAGAGAGAGACCCGUGAAAAGACCGGAGGGAAAAAGGGCCGGCCGCUGGUGUGUUCUGUGUGUGUGUCCGAGUGUGGUGGUUACCGAGUUCCUGCUGCGCCCAUAGGUGAAUCUCCCGCCUGAAGUGGAAGUCGCGCCUUCUCAUGGCGUCGAGCGAGUAGAGGUGGAGUGAUGAGCUGCCCCUGUCGUAUUGGCAGAUCCAGUUGGGCGGCUUGUAGAUGAUCCAAAAGUGGCCGAGGUCACGCACCACACGCGGCCACUCCCAAUCGCUCAGAAACGCCCCACGGCCCGCACCAGCACCACCACCAGCAGCAGCAGCAGCACCCCGAGGAACAGCCACGGCGGGUGCGGCGGCAGCUGCUGCCGAUGCUGCUGCAGCAGGUCGCGCCGGUGCCGCCGGUUUCUGUGGCUUGGCCUUUCUCUUGAUAGGGGCGGUGGGCAUGCGCGACAUGGGGGAAGGGGCGGGGCGCUUCUGGGGCAGACACGGGGGCGCGGGGGGCGCGAUGGCCGCAGCGGCGGCGGCAGCUGAUGCCGAUCCAGACGCUUGGGGGCUCUCGGCAGAGGGCAGCACUUCUGACACACGCACAGACAGAUGGCUGGCUCUUCGAUGCGUCAUGAUGUCCUUCUUGUGGUGUGCUCAUUGCUGCUGACGCACCUCGGUCGUCUGGGGUAUCUUCGUCGAAAAGCUGUGGGUCAUCUCUGUGCUUGGCCCUCUUGUGGUGCUCCCUCUUGGCCUCCCGGAGCGCACUGUCCACGCCGCCGUGCUCCUCGACGAGGAAAGUGACGGGCUUGGACAAGUGGUUGCUGUUGCUCACCACACGCACACACCAGGAACUAUCAAACACACACACACACACACACAUACAGACCGAGACAGAGGGGAGGGGGCGGAGGGCAUCCACACACACAUCCGUCUCUCUCUCUGCCUGUGUGUGUGGAUGGAUGUGACCACCAUACCAGUCGGAGCUCAUCCAGUGUACUUCGUCAGGCACGACCCCCUCGGCAAUGAGCUGGUGCGCCUCGCGCUCGUGCGUCUGCCGCGCCUUCUUGUCGAUCCUCACCCCACCCGCCACCUCACUCUCGUCGCCCUCGUCGUCCAUGUCGUCGUCACGAUUCGACGGCAGCUCGCCAGACGGGUACUCGCUAGACGCGUCGUCGCACCCCGCCACAUCCAUCGGCAAUAGUGGUGCUGCCCCUGCACCUGCACUAGCUGGUGCUGCAGCAGAGACCGAUGCCGCUGCUGCUGCUGCUGCCGCUGGUGGUGCUGGUGGUGGCUGCUGUUGCUGCUGCUUCUUGGGUUUGGCGAAUCGGAUGACGGCGUCGUCGUCACUCUCGUCACCAGCACCAGCAGGAGCCGGUGGUUUAGGUGGCUUGGGUGCGGUGGUGGGUGGUCUCUCGGAUUUAUCGAUCUUCUUCUUGGAAGGCUCGGGGGGCCCGGGGAGCCGCUUGCGAUCACGGUCACGGUCACGGUCACGAUCACGGUCACGAUCAGGCGGGGCGGCGCGUGCUGCCGAGCUCAUGAGCUUCUGCCUGAUUGACGGACGCAUGGAGGAGACCGGGACAGACAGGGAGAGAGCGCGUGACGGGUGGGAGGGAGCGUGGGUGUUGGUGUGAGCACUGACUGACCUCAUUUCUCGCUUGCGCCUGAAUUUCUCCACGGUCUCUUCGCAGCGAUCGAGGCUGCAGGUGUCGGGAAAGGCACAUUAGACAGACGUACGCACAGGGGCCCACAGACGAUUGAUGCUUACAGACUUACUUCUCGAGAGGCUCCCAGGUGUUCUCGCUCUCGUCAUAGCCCUGAUACACAGAACAGAGAAGGGGAACAGGUGUGUGGGAGGUGCGGCUGGCUCGGUUCGCUGAGCCAGUCCGGUCAAAUCGCGGACUGACCUUCCACUUGACGAGGAACUUCUCAACGCCGUCAAUGACCAUGAGAUCACGAAUGUCCUGAAUGCGCCACAAUGCAUCGCACACCUCAUCAUAUAUCCGACCAGCAGGUACGUGUGUGUUGUGUUGCGCAUCUUCCUUCCCCCACACACACCAUUAUCCCACGAUGCACCUACGUACCUGAACUUCGUACCGAUCCUCAGACAUGUCCGUGUCCGACCCGUCCGAGGCGCUGGCACCAUCACCACCACCGCCACCGCCACUCUCGCUACGCCCUCCAUCACCCUCACCCUCACCCUCGCCCUCCUCGUCGCCAACCUUCUUGAGCCGACGGCGCUUCACAGGCGGACCAGCAUCACGGGCCACACGGGGCGAGGGACGGUCAGGACGGUCGGAACGGUUGUCAGGCGUGGCCGGCUACACACACACACGACACACAGAUAGGAGGGAUGGGCUGUUGAGGGGUAGGGUGGGGUAGGGUGGGGUGGUCCCGUCAGUCGGUGAUUUACCCGUUUCGUCGUCUUCUUCUUGGGCCCCUUGACGGCGUCGGCCUGGCCCUUGAGGAAGCUGGCCUUGCCCGCACCCGGCCCCACACCACUCGAGCCCUUCCGCACCAGCGACUUCUUGUCCCUCACACUCGCACCCGCGUCGCUGCGAUUGUUUCUCUCCUCCUUGCUGAUGAGAGGACGAGCCGGCACCGAAGACGCCUGCGAUGUGGGAGUGAGCGCCACUUUCCGCCCAGACUUGUCAGCGGGAAGUUGUUUCGGCGCGAGUGUGGGAGGCCUCGCUGCUGCUGCUGCUGCAGAUGGGCCAGAGGGCUGCUUUGACGAGGGGGAAAGAGCCAGAGGCCUCUCGCCGGUGGGCUGGCGAGGGCUGCCGGGCGACACCAUGCGAACAGAGGGAUGGGGUGGCGGGUGGGAGGAGAGGGGCACUUUGGGGAGCUUGGGCGAAGUGGACACCUUCUUGACAAGUGGCGGGGCAGCAGCAGCCGAGGCAGCCGCACUCCCAGUAGCACCAGCCGCCGCCGGUUUCUUCUGUGUUGGCUUGUUCUUGUUUUUGUUUUUCUUGGUCUUGUCUUUGACGUCUGCUGCCGCGCGGAUGGACGCGUCGGCCUGGAUGACGCCGGGGGGCAGGUCGGUCUCCUUGUAGGUGCCCUUGUCGAAGAGCUCGCGGACCUUCUUGCUCUUGGACUUCUUCCACUUGACCUCCUCCCUCUUGCUGCCACCCUUCGCCUCCAAGACGAUCUUGGGCUCAGUCUUCAUGCGCUCGAGCAGGGCAACGGCCUCGUCAUAGGCAGCUGAGCACAUACACACACACGGGGCACCCGCAGGUAUAAAGACAGUGGGGGUGGGGGUGGGGGUGGGCGUGUGGGGGUGGAGGUGUUCGCACCUUUGAGGGAGCCGCGUUUCUGUGCGUUGAUGAACUUGUACCGGAACCAGCCGCCGUUCUUGGCAACCUGAGUGUCGUCAGGGGGCCACUGACACACACAGAGGGGGGAGAGAUCAAGGGGCCACAAGUGAGCAGAGCAGGCAGUCUAAUCCGUAUCCCUCACCUCACCUCCCCUCACCUUGGCAUGGUAGCCCUGGGAGGACUCUUGGUUCUCGCCCUUCUUGGCCCAGUAGGCGACACCCGGCACCUUCGCAAACCCCUGCUUGUCCAGCCCGCCACCCUGCCUGGGCGGCCGACCUCCCUUCUUGCUCUUCUUGCCCUUCUUCUUGCCGGCUUCGCCAGCACCUGCUGCACCACUGCCACCAGCAUCGGCACCGGCACUCUCGUCUUGGUCGGUCUCGCUUCCUGAUGAGUCGGACUCGCCGUCGGAGCUGCCCGACGAAGAGGAGCCAGAAGAGCCGCUCGAGCCGUCAGAGUCAGAGCCGGAGCUGCCACUGUCGCUGCUGUCAUCACCACCACCACCACCACCCGCCUCUUCCUUUUUCUCAGCCUCCUUCUCCUUGCCUUUGCCGCCCCCGGCGCCCUUGGCCGCACUCUUGUUCUUCUGCUGCUGUUGCUGCUGUUGCUUGCUCUUGGUGGCACCACCACGGCCGCCACCACCGGUGGCGUCAGCAGGAGAGCCACUGGCGGCCGAUGGGAGUGCCGGUGCUGAGGGCUCCUCUCGCUGGAGAGGGCCUUUUGACGCACUGCGCUUGGGGAACGGCUGGGGGGGCUGGUUUGUGUCUGUGUUCGUGGGGAGGAGAGACGGGGUGGGUGCUGCAGGGCGGCGAGGGGGGUCCUUGGCCGCUUCGCCGGCGUCGGAUGGCUUCGGCUGGCUCUCGACGUCCACACCACCGAAGCCAAGCCAGAUGGGCACUGACGCUGAUGCACUCAU